AUGGUAAAACAAGACUUUCUGUUAUUACCUGUCGAAAUAGUUCAUCGUAUUUUUGAUUAUUGCGAUGCAGAAACUCUUCUUUUUUCAAUUCGUUGUAUUUCAAAGUAUUUAUGUGCUAUCGUUGAAAUUUAUGAUCGAUUUGCUCUUAAUUGGAGAUAUACAUCAAAAUUGGAUGAGCAAUAUAUUUCUCAUUUAAUUCAACCUGAAAAAGUUGUUUCUUUGUCUUUCUUUGGAUAUGAAAAGAUUCAAGAUAUGUUAGAUAUUGAUAUAAAUCAGUUUACUCGACUUCGAUCAUUGACAUUUAUUCAUAUAAAUGGUAUAGAACUUGAUAAACUUUUCUCAACAAUGACUAUUAACAGUUUGAUAUCAAUGUCAAUCGAUUUAUGUCAUAUAUCUAAUGUUCAAACAUUAAUUCCUUCAUCUUCACAAUUCAAUAACCUUUCACUUUCUCAAUUUGCUUUGCAUGAAGUUAAUAAAGGAAUCCGUUGGAUAAUGUCACCAUCUAUUGACAAAUUAAAAUAUUUACAGAUCGACAUUUGUUCUUAUAAUGAAUAUGUUAUAAUAUUAUAUCAUUUGCCAAACUUACGAAUACUUCGAAUAAAGAAUUUUACUAUGAAUGAAUCAACAUUGAAUUUGAAUGUUCAAUUUUAUUCAUCAUUAAAAUCUCUUCUUAUUACAAAUAGCUUGAUAACUUCGGUACAACUCGAAUCUCUAGUAAAACUUACUCCUAAACUUCAAUAUCUAAUGAUAAAAAAUGACAAAUUAAGAAAAUUUGACUCAAUGUUUGACGGUUUAUUUUGGGAACAGUUAAUUAGGAAUCAAUUAACUUUAUUAGAUAAACUAGAUUUCUUUUUCUGUACCAGUAGUUAUAAUGAUCAAAUUAAUGACCUUCGCUCAAUCGUUCUUCCAUUUCAAACACCAUUUUGGAUGACUAAAACAUGCUGUUCUGUUACAUGUACCUUUCUAAUAGAAUUAUGUCAAAUUUGGCUCUAUACAACACCAAAAAUCACUCCUAAUCUAGAAAUUUCGGUUAGAUGUGAAAUAUCGUCGAUGGAUGAAUUACAUCAUUUUAUUUCUGGACCCAUGCAUAUUGGCUAUAAUACAAAAGCAAAUCAGGUGUGUAUAGGAAGAUUUUAUUUAAAUGUUAAUAUCAACAACAAGUUACUUCAUUAG